AUGAAUGGAUCCAGGAUUCCUCAGUAUCUGGACGACCUGAAAAGGAAGUGGCCAAACCUGGCAUCCAAAUAUGUCCGGUCUGACUCCUUCGUGGAUCCUUUAUCCCUACCGAGAAAUCCCCAUACAAGUGGAAGCAGCUGGCAAGUAGUCAUGUUGAUGCUCUGGAAGAAGAUUUUGGCACUAUUCGGGUUCCUGUUAGGAUGGUGGACGUUUAUUUAUGUGGACGCUGAGACCAAGCCAAUAACGAGCAACGCAGUGAGCACCGUGAUUCACGAAGACAAGAGAAUCCUUGACAGUAUAGAAGAUACCAGAAAGGGCAUUGAUCGAUUGCAUCUUAGCAAUCGCCAGCGUGAAGUCCUUAAGUGGCUAAAUCCACCGGAUCCCUCGACACAUUACAACAAGGCCCUGCAGCAACGCCAUGGAUGCUCGGGACUUUGGUUCUUACAAAGUAAUGCCUUCGCCAAAUGGAAGAUACAGCCGGAUUCAUUCUUAUGGUUAAAUGGCAUCCCUGGAUGUGGCAAGACAAUUCUUAGCUCCGCAAUCCUUAAAGACCUUCUUGACACCCUGCCUUUUCAGCCCCUCUACUUCUACUUCGACUUCAAUGACACAGGGAAGCAGACGUUCGAUAGCAUGUUGCGAUCCCUAAUCAACCAGCUGUGCUGCAAGUGUGAGGAUACCUGGAAACCAUUGGAUUUACUCUUUUCCUCUCACCAAGACGGACGUGUACACCCGUCCUACGAAUCACUUCGUAAGGUUCUCUUGGAAGUGAUCGGGCAGGUCGAACAAGUUUGGAUCGUUCUGGAUGCUGUUGAUGAGUGCAGCACAAGGAGUGGCCCCCCAACAGAAGGAUUACUAUCCUGGAUGAGAGAUCUAACAUCUCAACAGAAGAAUGUCCAUCUUCUUGUGACUAGUCGACCGGAACAAGACAUCAAAUCCGAGAUCGUUGAAUGGGCUUCUCUAGAUAACAUUGUGCCUAUUCGGGGUGACGGCAUUGACGAUGAUAUUCGUGCGUACGUCCAUACUAGAGUCAGAGAGGACAAGGGCCUUAAAAGAUGGCGAACUCAACCAGAUGUUCAGGAAGAAAUCGAACAUCGACUUAUGGAGAAAGCAGACGGAAUGUUUCGAUGGGCUACAUGUCAGCUUGAUGCGCUAGAAAAUUGCCUCGAGUAUCGCACUCUCCAAAAGGCUCUCAAGUCCCUCCCGAAAACUUUGGAUGAGACCUAUAGCAGGGUCUUACACAGCAUCCCGUCCGAAUAUAAGCAGAAUGCCUUCAGGAUUCUUCAAUUCCUGACAUACUCAGCGCGGCCUCUAAGUGUCAGCGAGAUGGUCGAUGCAAUAGCAGUGGAUACUGAAGGAGAAGAUUAUCAAUAUUUUGAUCCAAAACAUAGGAUGCCCGACCCUCGCGAAAUCACCUGUUUUUGUUCCAGCUUGAUUGUCUUUACAUCCACAACGCAUAAUUCAGAUGUCGACAACAAGGAUGACGAUGUGAAGCUUCAGCUAGCACAUUUCUCUGUGAAAGAAUAUCUAAUAUCAGGUCGGCUUGACAAAGACCUCGCGCACAACUUUGAGGAGUGCGCUGCCAGAGCGUCGAUUGCUACCGUUUGCCUUGCGUAUCUCUUGCAUUUAAACAAGGAAAUCUCGGUAAUAGAGAUCAGAGAGAAGUUUCCGCUGGCGCAGUAUUCGGCACGGUACUGGAUGGACCACGCUGCAAUAACUGAAGGGAAAGACGAAACUCUGGAACGUUUUAUUGUGAAGAUUUUUUACCACAAUAGAGAUUCCUUGCGGAACUGCUAUAGCCUCUACCAACCAGAUCAGACUUGGUUUUGGACGGAAUUAAAAGGCCAAUGUUCGGCAUUAUAUUAUGCAUCUUAUGGGGGAUUGGUGAACGCUGUGAAGUACAUACUAAGUCAGGGCGCGAACGUCAACGCGCAUGGUGGAAUUCAUGGCAACGCGCUGCAUGUGGCAUCUUUAAGAGGCCAUGAGAAGGUUGUUGAGCUGCUGCUUAGAAAAGGUGCUGAUAUUAGCGCGCAAGGUGGAAGUAAAGGCACUGCACUGCACAUGGCAUCUUCAAGAGGCCAUGAGAAGAUUGUUGAGCUGCUACUUAGAAAGGGUGCUAAUAUCAAUGCACAGGUUGGGCAUAAAGGCACUGCGCUGCGCGCAGCAAUUAUAGCAGGCUGUAAGGAGAUUAUUGAGCUGCUGCUUAGACAGGGUGCUGAUAUUAACGCACAAGAUGGAAGUGAAGGCACUACACUGCACGCGACAAUUGUAGCAGGCUAUAAGGAGAUUAUUGAGCUGCUGCUUAGAAAGGGUGCUGAUAUCCACUCACAGGUUAGAUUUUAUAACACCGCGCUGCACGCGGCAAUUGUAGCAGGCCAUGAGGAGAUCGUUGAGCUUCUACUUAGGGAGGGUGCCAAUGUCCACCUGCAGGAUGGGUUAAAAGGCAAUGCACUUCAAAUGGCUUCAUAUACAGGCCAUGACCAAAUAGUGAAGCUACUGCUUGAUUAUGGUGCGGAUGUUAAUGUACGAGAUGGAAUUUAUAGCAAUGCACUACAGGUAGCUUCAUACAAAGGCCAUGAGCAAGUGGUGAAGCUGCUGCUUGAGAAUGGGGCUGAUAUCAAUCAAGUCAAAGGUGGCUUGCAUAAAAUACAUGAGCGAGUGGUGAAACUGCUGCUUGAGAAUGGGGCUGAUAUCAAUCAAGUCAAAGGUGGCUUGCAUAAAAUACAUGAGCAAGUGAGCUUCUGCGAUAUCCUCAACGAGCAUAGCAGAAAAGCCUAUAUUUCAUUUAUAACCAAUCUUUGUGGCGUGUUGGAGGUCUUUCACGGAUUUUGUCAAAAGAGGGCAUGA